AUGCCUAUCGAUUUUCCUCAAGACCCGAACGCUACUCCCGAAGGAGGUUGUCAACGAUUCACUCCUUAUCUCCCCCCUCCAAAUCUCACACCACGGAUCGUACAUGAACCCCACGUCUGCCCUUGCGACCAGUGCGUCUGGAUGAGACUGGCCAGACGUAUGGAUACCACACCUCCCCUGGACCUCUCGACUGAAAGAGAUAUAGCCGAACACACGCAUAACCAGUGUGCUGACGCCAGAGUCCAACAUACCCCAGUAACUGUAUCGCCAUUCCCUCGCCAAGAUAUGGCCUACCCGGAAGUCUACGUUUACCCCAGUACAUCUCACCACAUCACCUUCCCGGUAGUCAACUACACAUCCAAACAGCGAGCGCAAGGCACCUCUCCCUGGCCAUCUUGCUAUAUAGCGAUAUCGCCUCAGUGUGCGAAACCGGUCGACUUCCAAGCGGCGCUGUCUCCCCCCGGCUCUGGCUGCAUCACGGUCGCGCGGCUGGUAAAAACUAAAAAGACUGCGUCGCUUAGCACGUUCAAGGAUGCGGAGGAGCUUCGCAACAAUUCAAUCCAACUAGAAGUCUGGGACGACCAUGUGACGGAAGUCUCGACAGGAGGGUAUCAUUCAACGGACACUGGAGAAGGGAAUAAAGGAAAGAAGAAGGGUAAAGGUAGGGAUUAG